CAAUAUGGCGGCCAAUUUGAAACUUCUGUGAGGAGUCCCUUCCAGUGGUCCCUUCUUCUUUAGCCGCUUGUGACAUCUUAUAAACGAUUUUCCGAAGUUGUCAUGAGUUUUCGAAGAUGUUUAACCUACUCAUUAUUCUCGAACGAAGGUUUUAAAUUUAAUUUUUCCCCAAAUGUGUUCAGGAAAAAUAAUCGCAUUUAUCUUCGUAAAUUUGCUGCACAAUACGAGCCAAAAGAACCACCAAAGACGAAGAAAGCAGCGACAUUUUACGAACGUUUAGGAGUGUUACCCACUGCGACUCAAAGCGAAAUCAAGAAUGCCUACUAUGAUCUUGCAUUAAAAUAUCACCCUGAUACAAGUGAUGGUGCACAGGCUGAAGCGAUUUUUAGAGAUGUUACUGAAGCAUAUGGAGUGCUUGGAAAUGUAGAGACAAGAAAGUUUUAUGACCAAGAAAUUGGUUCAUACUUUAUGCUACGAGGGUCUUCUAAGAAAGAGACCAUACGUCCAGUUUGGAGAUUAAUUGACGAGCGGAUUGUGAACAUUGAUGCAAGAAAAAUCAAACAGGGGAAGUCCUUUAUCUGUCAUGUUGCAUCAUUAGCCAGUAUUUUGGGUGUGCCAGUUCGAGUGACAAAUGUCUGUAGAAAUUCGCUAAUCCGUGGAAUCCCAGCCAAUGAAAUGCGAGCUUUGAUGUUACUCAGACAGAUAUGUAAUGGCACAUUAUCGGGUUCCACUGGAUCAACAACUCUUACUUUCUUACCUUCCGACCUCCAGUCUGGACGCUACUACAUUGAUGCCUACCAGUUUGGAAAUGUUAGUGAUCUUAUUCCUUAUGCAAUACCUUCCUUGAUGUUUGUACCAGACCCCCAUAUUGGGCGCAGCAAUGUCCUGUUUCUAAGUGGACCAACAUAUACUUAUGAUGGCUUGCAUAUUGAUCAUAUAACAAAGGUAUAUCAGCCAAUUAUGAAUCAGUUUGGAAUAUCAUUUAAUAUUGAAGUAAAGAAAAGAGGAUAUUUGCCCUAUGGAAGAGGCAGUGUUGUGGUCAGAUCAAAUCCUGUUGAGUAUAUUAAUAGCAUAAAAAUGACUGAUCCCGGUGUUGUGACAAGGAUCACAGGUCGAGCAUUUGUUGCUGGUGACAAACCUAUCAAGAUAGCCCAGAUAAUGGCAAAAAAAGCUCAGGUGUCCCUGAAGCAAAUAUUCACUGACAUUCCGAUCAUGAUAGACUCUGUCCGCGAAUCCAAUAGCAGAUCGGAGGGAAUGGGUCAAGGGAUUUUAAUCGUAGCCGAAACUUCAACGUCAUGUGUUUUUUCUGGUUCAGGAUUGUGGAAAAAAGGCGUCGGAACAGAAAGUGUUGUGGAGAUCGCAAUGAAAGAACUUAUGGAUAACAUAAAUUCAGGAGGUUGUGUGGACAGUUGGAUGCAAGAUCAGGUCAUUGUUCCAAUGGCUCUGGCGAAAGGAAAUUCUGUGGUCAAGACAGGACCUUUAACGUCAAAGACUAAGGCUGCACUGAGAGCUCUUAGGGAAAUAACCAAGGUUCGUUUUAAAAUAAUCAAAGAGAAAUCAACACCGGAGAUAAAUCUCAUUAAAUGUAAAGGGAUUGGUUACACAAACCUGUAUAUUUAAACAACGCGUCUACCUGCAAAGGUAAACCUGGACACAGGCAUAGGCAUAGCGACAUGAAACGUGCAUAAUAGUCAUCUUUGUUCUCGUUCAUGCAAUUUUGAGCGUCAUAUAAAUAUAAAGAAGCUGUAGAACGAGACAAACUCCGAAUAAAAUCCCAAGGUCGAGUUCUUCAAACACAAAAGACACAAAUUUCUGGUGAUAUUUCAACUUCAUGCAAAAUUUAUCAUUAUCAUGUACAUGUGAGGGAAACUGACAUAAACGGUGGCACUUUAAUACUUUGUAAUCGACUACUGUAUAAUUGUUUUUAACAAGCAUCCAAUGAAAAUUCAUAAUAUUUACAGUGUAUAUUUCAACUUUCUUGUGAUUAUUAUCACAACUAUAGGACCUUUUGCAUUUGGAUAUUUCGAAACUAAAUAAAACUUCGCUCACGCCAUUCGGUGCAUGUCAAAUAUUUAAUAUCAACUUCAUAUAACAACUAGUAAUUUAUUGUAAAUAAUUAUAGA